AUGCGGCGCAGCCCUGCUGCUGCUGCUGCUGCUGCUGACGCUGAACUCGUGGAUAGCAGGAGCAGCAACAGCAGCAGCAGCAGCCUGGAGCCUGUUGCUGCUGCUGAGAUGAGCGUGCAGUUGCAGUCUCUUCCGCGUCUGAACUCGGUUCGCACUGCUGCUGCCGCAGCAGAACCUGCUGCUGCUACUUCUCCAGCAGCUGCUGCUGCCUCCCGAGGGCCAUUUGACCUUUUGAGGCCCUUAAGCGCCUUCUCUAGGUCAGCAGCAGCAGCGGGGCUAGGCGACAGAGCAGCGGCAGCAGUAAUAGGAACACCAGCAGCAGCGGGCUCGAGGGCAGCCGCAGCAGCAGCAGCAGGCCCUGGGUUUCUGCAAUCCGCAGCAAACAGCUACCGAAGCAGCAGCAACUCCCUUCUGGCAAUCCAAGCAGCAGACGAGCAAAGAGCAGAAGACGCCCUAGCUGAAGGCAGCAACGUUCGUCCUAAUCCUGCUGCUGCUGUCGCUGUUUCUGCUGCUGUUGCUGCCACUACUUCUCCUGCUGCAGCUGCAGCUGCUGCAUAUCGAGAGGCUUGGGCUUGCUUCCUGCGCUCUGUUUCACUGAACGAGAGCGAAGACAGUGCUGCUGCAGUGCAGGCAGCAACGGCAGCAGCAGGUGCUGCGGCAGCAGCGUCUGCUGCUGCUGCUGCUGCAGCAGCAGGAGAAGCAGGAGUUAUCGAAGCGAAUGCACUGUCGCUUGAGCUCGCAGCAACGGUUCAUCUUGCGCAGCAGCUCGAGGUGACCGGUGCUGCUUAG